UUAAUAAAUAGGUUCGCCGAACUUUGACAUGCACUCAAACAGCUCUUUGCGUCUUGCCGCCCCUCACGCGACUCUUUGCGACCCAGACCUACCAUGAUUUAUCUCCCUGUCGAGCUUUGGCUACAGAUAGUAGGGUUCAUUCCCCCCACGGACCUGCUGAAACUACACAGCGUGAACAGCUUCUUCUUCAACAUCGCGAUGGAUGUACGAUACAGGAGGGUGGAUUUACAAACUCUGAAUCACUCUACAGCUAAAUAUCUCUCCCGGCUUUCAGAUCCAACGAUUAGUAAACGGGUUGUCCAAUUGACUGUCAGCCCUGAUUUUCGAAACUAUGGAAGGCAGAGACCAGCGACCAUGUUGAACAGAGUCGGGAGCGUUUUCCACUAUGCGCUUGGGCGGCCUCCACCGUGCAGUCCCGAAGACCAUGCGACCAAACAGUUGAUCGACGUCUUGCCUUGUUUAACCAGGGUGAACAGCUUCACUAUCGACUGUCAUUCGUGGGGAGAACAUUCAAGUCCUGAGCUCCAUGGCUUUUUACAAACAGCGUGGGCGUCGUUUGGCCAGAACCUUCGGAAACUUUCCCUGAGAGGUCACACGUCCGCUUUCAGGACCAUCAUCCAUUCCAUAACAGCAUUGCCCGCGGUCGAUGAGUUGUUUAUAGAGCUCAUCGAUAAUCCUUUACAGAACGAUCCGACCUGCGCAGAAACUUUGAUACAAGUCGUUGCACCAUUCAUCAAUGGAUUAGCCCCACGCCUACGCGCUUUUACCUUGUGGUCUUGGGGAACCAUCGAUCUUUCGCAGCUGUUUCUGAUGCUGGACCACUUUCCCAGCCUUUCGAGCUUCAAUCUCCAAACAUCUUUUCCAAAGACUUUUCGACAGGGUCCUUCCGGACUGUCUCGUUUCCUCUCCAAUCACUCGCCUCAUCUCCGGCAUCUGGUCCUUCGGCUGAACACGGCUCCACUUGCUUUUAGCACUACAUCCAUGUCCGAGGAACCCUUGAGCGAGUGGAUGAUUCAUACGCUCACAUCUGGAGAGUGCAGCUUCCUCAACCUGCAGGAACUCCAUCUCUAUCCCACGGUCCUUCCAGGGGGAUUACACGCCCUUACAUCUUGUAUCCACCAAUCCACAAAUACGCUACAAAGCCUCGUCGUCCGCGACCGGUACCUUUCGCCCGAGGAGGCAGCGGUCGUAAUUAACGCUCUACACCCGCAGCUAAAAUCUCUGCGGUUGAACAUCAGAAUCUUGGAUAUGGACUUAUUCGAUCUCCUCGCCAAAAGGAUCACAGGGCUCAAAUCAUUGUCGCUAUACAUUGGUGCCGUUUCCCGCACCUUUGCCCAUGAUGUGGAGCACCGGUCUUACGCCACUUGGGAUCUCUAUCACAUAGGGGUCUGGCAUGGUGGUUCCAUCUUGGAUAGUCAUCUAAUGAGCAUGAUUUCCCGGUCCAUUCCAUCCUUGAAGUGUUUCUGGGGAAAUAAAAAUGAGAUUGAAGAUUUCGGACUACGGUAAAUAUUAUGUUUACCCGUUUUUGGACUCGGAGUCACCGUCAAAUGAUACCA